CCUAUACAGAACACUCAUUCAGUGCUGAUAGCUAUAACGCCCACUCCGAGUCCCCCGGAGCUCGGCGUUCUUUCUGUCCUCCGAUUUUGCUUCCGGUCAAUUACCAUCUCAAGGCCACGCAUACGGCGUCUCUGCACUCUCGUCAGCGCGACCACUUACCGACUUCAUUCUAUCUACUUACUCUUCAUAUGGUCCGCAUAAUCAUCAAAGGAGGUGUUUGGAAGAACACCGAGGACGAGGUCCUCAAGGCUGCCAUCGCAAAGUAUGGCAAGAAUCAAUGGGCUCGUAUCUCUUCGCUGCUCGUUCGCAAAACUCCCAAGCAAUGCAAGGCUCGCUGGUACGAAUGGCUAGACCCAUCCAUCAAAAAGACGGAAUGGUCAAAGACAGAGGAUGAGAAACUGCUUCAUCUUGCCAAACUCAUGCCUACCCAAUGGCGAACCAUCGCCCCCAUAGUCGGUCGAACAGCAACGCAAUGUCUCGAACGUUAUCAGAAACUGUUGGACGAAGCUGAGGCAAAGGAGCACGAGGAGCUUGGGUUGGCGGGUCCAGGUGGCGAAGCUGGUCCCAGUGCGGACGAUAUCAGGCGACUGAGGCCUGGUGAAAUCGAUCCCGACCCUGAGACAAAGCCUGCUCGCCCAGAUCCUAUUGACAUGGACGAAGAUGAGAAGGAAAUGUUGUCAGAAGCUCGUGCUCGUCUGGCCAAUACCCAGGGUAAGAAGGCUAAGCGGAAGGCACGAGAGCGCCAACUUGAGGAGGCGCGACGUCUCGCGGUCUUGCAAAAGAAACGAGAAUUGAAGGCAGCGGGUAUCAUUAUGCGUCACAAGACGAAGAAGAAGGGCAUGGACUAUAACGCCGACAUCCCAUUCGAGAAGAAACCCGCACCCGGCUUCUACGACACCUCGGAUGAACAGGCCCGCGAAACCACAGCUCCAGUAGGCCAAUCUCUCCGGCGACUAGAAAAUAAACGGAAGCCCGAAGAAGAAGAAGCCGAGCGGCGCAAACGUCAGCGUAAAGGCAAAGAAGGUGGCGGUAACGAGCCGCCUCAUCAAACAAAGUUUGUUGCUGCUAGGGAUGCUCAGAUCCAGAAGCUAAAGGAGGCGGAGAGUAUUGGACGGAGGCGAAAGUUGGUCUUACCUUCGGCUCAGGUUGGUGAGGCAGAGCUGGAAGAGAUCGUGAAGAUUGGACAAGCAGGUGAAGAGGCAAAGGCGUUGGUGGGCGGAUCGGGUAAUGAAGCGACAGAGAAGUUGUUGAGCGACUAUGAGGGAUUGGAGAGGGCGAAGAUGGCGAGGACGCCAAGGACAGCUCCUCAACAUGACAACAUCAUGUCCGAGGCUCGUAAUUUGCGGAACAUGACAAUCACACAAACGCCUUUGCUUGGUGAUGAAAACACACCAAUGCAUACUGGACCUGCUGGAGGGACUGGUUUCGAAGGUGCUACGCCCCGACACCAGGUUGCGUUCACCCCCAACCCUCUCGCAACACCUUUGCGGGCGGGUGCUGGAGAUAUCGCUGCCACCCCUCGGGACCUACAAGCAGGAGCUACACCUCUCCGAACGCCUAUGCGAGAUAGCCUCAGUAUCAACCCCGAGGGUGCAGUUUCGUUCAUGCCUGGUGCAACUCCUCGGCAUCGAGAAUCACCUGCGGUGAGGUCUCUCAAAAGUGCCUUCAUGAACCUUCCCAAACCGGAGAACAACUUCGAACUUCUAGUCCCGGAAGAGGAAGAAGCCGGAGAUGAAGCGAGGACACGAUUGUCUGAGGAAGAUGCUGCCGAGAGGGAUGCCAAGAUAAGGCGACUACGGGAAGAGGAAGAACGGAAGGCUUUGGCAAGACGAUCCCAACCUGUUCAGAAAGGACUUCCUAGGCCUGCGAACGUGGAUGUGGAAACUAUGCUCUCGAGACUGGAUAUCUCGGAUGUUGGUCUGGAUGAAGCGGCGAAACUGGUUCAUGCGGAGCUUGUUCAGAUACUGGAGCACGAUGCGAUUUCACAUCCUCUACCUGGCACGGCUCUUCCUGGAGGUACGAGGUCGUCCUACAUGAUUCCGGAUGACGAUGCCGUUGCAGCCGCGAAGAGUGCCAUCCAGACUGAACUCGCUUCGGCGCUUGGGUACCCCGAUGCGAACGAGGACCAACUCAAAGAAGGCAUUGCAGCACUUUCUCGAUCAGAAGACAUGGACGAAUCUUUGUCAUGGCCUCAAAUUCGUCGUACACGGGUUGCGUUCGAUCCGACAAGCAAAUCCUGGGUCGAUGCUGAUUCGUUGUCACCAGAAGACCGCGUUGCCGGUUUGUCUGCGUUGCUUGAUCGCAGUCGGGAAGUGAUGGCUGCUGAAGCGCAGAAAGCUGGCAAGGCCGAGAAGAAGCUUAAUGUCACGCUGGGUGGUUACCAAGCUCGACACAAGGCUUUGUCGAAACGGAUCACAGACGCGUUCGAUGAACUUAAGAAGACCAAGCUGGAGUACGAGAGCUUCGUCCGCUUGAGGGCGAAUGAGACGGCUACUGGUCCACUUCGGGUUGCUUCGCUCAAAGAAGAAGUGGACAAGCUUGAGAGGAGGGAACAUAACCUUCAAGGAAGGUACUCUGAGCUUGAUAGUGAGAGAAGGGAGUUGGAGAGUAGGGUGGGUGAGCUUGAAGAUAAGCUCAUGGCCGAGGCGGAAGCAUUGAAUGAGGCAGCACUUGCUGAAAUGGAAGGCGCUGUGGAGGUGGCAGCGUGAGGUGAUUGUGUAUAUAUUGCUUGUUCUCUUGUGUUUUAAUCUGUACGAUAGUUGUUCCGUACAUCGCUCGCUCAAUAGUUAUCUAUCUGAGCUCAGAAUAACACUUUCUCAUCGGCGGGAAGUAUGCCCAGGAUACGCGCCAAGUAACACGAGG